UGAUCAAUUGCCGAUAAGUGUAUAGGCUACCGAGUAUUCAAGGCUUUAGUCGUCUAGAAGCAAUAGAAACGAUUGGUACGGAGGAGUCGAUCCCCAUCAAGAAUCCAUCCGGCUGGCGCGUCCUAUUUUUGUCUCUGGAUUUUGGUGGGGCGCAGCGGAGCUUCACCGUGGCGCAGUGGGCGUCAAAGGAAGGCCGACCACCUGUUACGCAGUAUAAUUAUUACCAGUCUGCCCGUCGCUGUCCAGGAUGUGCAAGCUCGGUUGAAACGAGAAGGAUUGAGCAGACAUCUGGCACAAAUAUUGGAAGUUGCUCACAGUCGACCGUGUUGUCAAAAUGCUCGACGAGAACCUCCCUACAUUUUACAUCAAAAGCAAUGUUGAUCAGAAGCACAAUCGGACCAUUUAUCUCUCCCAGCAUGGCAACGAACCCGAGCCGACCUACACCCUCUGCUACCCAGAUCCCUCCUCCCCGGAAUCAAAGAACCGCUACGCAGCCGGUUUGAGCGAUCCGUUUGUGACCAAUGUAAUAUACGGUGAAGUCCUGGUCGUCCCAGAAUGGACGCAGCCUACUCUCUCGGCAGAGACAAUCCGCCAGAAUGGUGGAGUCCAACCGCCGCCAGAGCCGAUCCUGCCCACACAGUUUACCAUCCAGCUCUACGACCCCGACCAGCACAUCACCGUUCGCUACAAGCGCAAGACGUGGAAUACACCUGCUACAUGGGAAUUUGAGAUGCCGCAGUUGACGUUUCGCCAGCCGUCGAAUUCGACGCUGGAUCAGACGCAGAGUGAUCCGGCCGCGGCGGAUGUGACUCCGAAGCUGAAGUUCAGCUGGCGCAAGGACAGCAAGCUAUCCAAGGAUCUGGUGUGUCUGCUGUCGGGAAAAACCAGCAAUUUCCCAGAAGUUAAAGGCAACAAGAACAAGGAACCCGAUAUCACGAUCUCUAUUUUCCAGGCCCUGCGCGAAAUUACCUUGUACGAGCCCAAUCUUUACCGGCCGUGAUAUCUACUUUACCCCGAUCAAGGAGGCAUUUCACGUGUCCAACUCCGCCGUGGUGCCGAACGGCGACGCGCCAGCAUCGCCUCAAUCCCCAACACAAUUAGCCCACCCGCUUCGCCACACCGGU